AUGUCUGUUGAGAUCGAUCCCCCGGAGUUAGGCUUCAAGCGGCCUUUCAACCAAGAAGUUUGUCAGAUCUUGCAUCUGCGCAAUACCAACCAGGAGCCUGUGGUUUUCAAGGUUAAAACCACCGCCCCGAAGCAUUACUGUGUCCGUCCUAACUCCGGCCGGAUUGAACCCGGCAAAACCGUCGAUGUCCAAGUCCUACUCCAGGCCAUGAAAGAGGAGCCAGCUGCGGAUGCGAAGUGCAAAGACAAGUUCUUGGUCCAGUCCGUCGCAGUCACUCGUGACAUGGAAUUCGCAAAUGUCACAUCCAUUUUUGAAAAAGCCUCGAAAUCCUCCGUGGUCGAACGCAAGAUUCGUGUCAACUGGCUGCCAUCUGAUGCGUUCCUGGGCUCGGAACAGGCUAAGAUGAAUGACUCGGUGGUGGUGGAAGAUGAGCCUCCGGCAUACACCUCUCCUGGUGGAAACUUUGAAACCCCUGCUCCUGGUGUCGUGAAGAAGAGUGCCGACCAAACAUCCCCGAUUCCUGCUCCCGAUUUCGAGAAGCCUGUCAAGCCCGAGACUCCCCAGACCACCGAGGCUACCUCGUUCACGAAUACAAGGGCCACAGCGGCCAAUGCAAUUCCUUCUAGUGAUGAUGUCAAGGCUCAGCUUGCCGAGGCAAAUGCGCACAUUCAACGCCUGAAAGACAGACUCGCGGACCAGGGAUUGCGACAGCGCAAGACUGGUGGUGAUGCGAAGGCAGCUCCAGCAACCAUGCAGCAGACGCACACCCAGACCGAGUCCGGGGUAUCUGUUCAGGUCGUUGCUGGGCUAUGUUUGAUCAGCUUCCUGAUCGCCUACUUCUUCUUUUAG